AUGGGAGCGAUCUACAUCGCUACGCUACUACUGCUCCGAGAAACUCAUGCGCCAACUCUACUAGGACGGAAAGCUCGAAGACUACGUAAGAAAUACGGAAACCCGGAGAUAUCAUCCGUUUUGGUAUCCAAAAAGCCCCCGCGGGCCACAUUCCUGAACGCAAUCAUUCGACCGACCAGACUACUCGUCUAUUCACCCAUUGUUCUGACUCUCUCUAUCUGCGCCGCAGUCAACUACGGCUUCAUCUACAUCAUCUUCACCACCAUGACCUCGACAUUCAUGAGCCGAUAUGGGCUCAGUAAAGGCGAAAUCGGCCUUACUUACUUAGGCUUUGGCAUCGGAAACAUUGUAGGAAACGUAACCCUCGGAGCUCUCUCCGACAAGCUUGUGAAAGCCAUAGCCGGCAAAGGAGAGAUGAAGCCCGAAUACCGACUUCCGCCAUUGAUACCAGGCAGCUUUCUAGUCCCGGUCGGCUUGUUUCUGUACGGCUGGACCUUGCAGUACAACGUUCAUUUCAUGGUGCCGCUGGUUGGCACCUUCCUGGUGGGAGUCGGUACCAUCCUCAUUUUCAUGUCCAUCAACUCGUACUUGGUCGAUGCCUUCACCGAGCAUGCAGCCAGCGCGGUUGCCGCGAGCACCGUGUUGCGUAGCUUAGGUGGGGGUUUGCUUCCGCUUUGCGGAGGGAAGUUGUAUGAAGCUGUGGGUGAUGGAUGGGGCAAUUCGAUUCUUGGGUUUAUUGGAGUUGCUUUUAUCCCUGCCGUAUGGUUGUUGUACAAGUUUGGGGAACGACUCAGAUUAAAGUCUCGAGUUUAG